UUCUAUCUCAGUGAAGUGUUUAAGUUAUGUAUAAAACUGUACAAGUGGUGGGCGCGCCGAGAUUUUACAUACAUAUUCCCGGCAUCAGACACAUAUUCGCCCAGUGCCAACAGCGCCACAUUGCCGUUGUUACCAAAUCACAAUCGUGCACUGUUGAUGAUAGCGAUAACUUAGGGAAAGAACAAAGGAACCUUAUAGAACUGCGGAACCUCGGCGUAGGGAAUCUUUCUUCCUCAACAUACAACUCAUUCAACACUCUUCACAUAGGCGGAAUUCCUCAUGAAACUUUCUGUCGGCGCUAUGCAACAUUGGCUACUAAAAUGAAGAAAGAAAAACAAAAGAACACAUCUGCCGAAGCUGCUGGCAAAAAAGAAUUAAAUCCUUGGCCCGCAUAUAUUGAGGAGCGUAAUGCUCUUUGGGAGAAAUUGAAAGUCGAACGUGUAGCAGAGUUGGCUGCCAAGCCCCGUACACCAAUCAAAGUAACACUCCCCGAUGGCAAACAAGUGGAUGCUACAUCAUGGGAGACCACACCUUACGAUGUUGCGAAGGGUAUAAGUCAAGGUUUAGCCGAUAAUACCGUUAUUUCGAAAGUGAAUGGCGAUGUAUGGGAUCUGGACCGUGUACUUGAAGGGGAUUGCAAAUUGCAAUUGCUUAAAUUCGAUGACCCUGAGGCUCAAGCUGUCUUUUGGCACAGUUCAGCGCACAUCAUCGGUGAAGCUAUGGAGCGCAUAUAUGGCGGACACUUGUGUUACGGACCACCAAUCGAUAAUGGCUUUUAUUAUGAUAUGCAUUUAGACGGGGAAGGUAUCUCUACCAAUGACUAUCCCGCUAUGGAGGGUCUCGUAAAACAAAUAGUUAAAGAAAAACAACCAUUCGAGCGUUUGGAAUUGAAAAAAGCAGAUUUAUUAGAAAUGUUCAAGUAUAACGAAUUCAAGGUACGCAUUUUGAAUGAGAAAGUCAAUACUGAUACCACUACUGUGUACAAAUGCGGUUCACUCAUUGAUCUGUGUCGUGGUCCACAUGUACGUCACACCGGUAAGGUAAAAGCCCUGAAAAUCACCAAAAACUCGUCCACAUACUGGGAGGGUAAAGCCGAUGCAGAGACUUUGCAGCGGGUUUAUGGCAUUUCUUUUCCUGACCCCAAACAGCUGAAGGAAUGGGAAAAAAUACAAGAGGAAGCAGCGAAACGUGACCAUCGCAAAAUUGGCCGAGAACAGGAGUUGUUCUUCUUUCAUGAAUUGUCACCAGGCUCGUGUUUUUUCCAACCACGUGGGGCACACAUCUACAAUACGUUGAUGAACUUUAUAAAAGCCGAAUAUAGGAAACGCGGUUUCCAGGAAGUCAUCACACCAAACGUAUACAACUCAAAACUUUGGAUGACUUCUGGCCAUUGGCAGCAUUACGCAGAAAAUAUGUUCUCAUUCGAGGUGGAAAAGGAAAAGUUUGCACUGAAACCUAUGAACUGUCCAGGACAUUGCCUCAUCUUCGAUAACCGCAAUCGGUCGUGGCGAGAGUUACCUCUUCGCAUGGCUGAUUUCGGUGUGCUACAUCGCAAUGAACUUUCAGGUGCUCUCACAGGACUCACGCGCGUCCGUCGUUUCCAACAAGAUGAUGCGCAUAUUUUCUGUGCCCCUGAUCAGAUUAAGAACGAAAUGAAGGGAUGUCUGGAUUUCUUGCGUCAUGUGUAUACAAUUUUCGGUUUCUCGUUCAAUCUCGUCCUAUCAACGCGCCCUGAAAAAUAUCUCGGCGAAUUGGAACAGUGGAACACUGCUGAAAAAGCACUCGCUGAAUCCCUAGACGAAUUCGGUUUACCAUGGAAAGAGAAUCCCGGUGAUGGUGCUUUCUAUGGACCCAAAAUUGAUAUUACUAUAAUGGAUGCACUAAAACGUGCCCAUCAAUGCGCCACUAUUCAAUUAGAUUUCCAAUUGCCAGAGCGAUUUAAUUUAAGUUACAUUGCAGAUGAUGGUGAAAAGAAACGACCUGUUAUAAUACAUCGUGCUAUUCUCGGUUCUGUUGAGCGUAUGAUUGCCAUCCUCACAGAGAAUUAUGCCGGCAAGUGGCCUUUCUGGUUGUCGCCACGUCAAGUGAUGGCUGUGCCGGUUGGUCCUCAAUACGAUGAGUACGCACAAUCCGUACGUAAUCAACUGCAUGCCGCUGGAUUUAUGGCUGAAGCUGAUACGGAUGCUGGGGAUACUUUGAAUAAAAAAAUUCGUAAUGCUCAAUUGGCACAAUUCAAUUUCAUUUUGGUGGUGGGCGAGAAAGAGCGCUCCUCCAAUACGGUUAAUGUGCGCACACGUGACAACAAAGUACAUGGUGAAGUCUCAAUUGCCGAUUUGAUAACUAAGUUAAACAAGGUACGCGAUGAGUUCAUAACAAACGAAGAUAGCUUCUAGAUUUGAAAGUUAUGGCAUGGCUUGAGAAUGGAGGGUAAAAGGUAGGAGUUGCGGUAAUUUAUUUUUUUUUCGAUUUGUAAUGCUUUUAAAGUAUGCCUAAUGCUUAAAUAUGAAUAGUGAUGUUUUCUGAGAACUCAAUAAAUAUCCAUAAAAAUAA